GCAUAAAAUCGGCUAUUUUCGCCUUUUUUGCCCAUGCGUUAACGGGGUCAAAACCGUGUGUUAACAAGGGCACGCGCACUUGUUAUAGCCCGGUUUUACCUAUGCGCAAAAAAUUAUACAGGGCCCUGUAAACAAAAACAAAAAUGGACGCCGAUUUGACCUACUUGCCAAAAGUUGGCGAUACAUGUAAUUUCGCAGCGCGGUCUGAGGCAGAGAAAUUUUGUAUCAUCGACAAAAUUAAUGAAUGGCCUUGUCCCCAAUAUGUUAUCAAAUCAAAACAUACUGGAGAGGUUUUGAGGGCAUUUCGUCAUCAACUGUUCCGCCCACAGACGCCGGAGCGACUGAUCCAACCAGUCACAUCGACCCCUACUGCAACUGAGCUGUUUUUAGAGGAAAUAGAACCAAAUGUGCUGCAAGAAAUCUUAAAUGAUGCUUUUGAUAAUUGGUCUGAUGACAAUGUAAAUAGUAAAGAUGACAAUGUAAAUAGUAAAAAAGACAACUCCUCUGAUUUGGAUGAUGAAGAGCUUGACAGGCUAGAUAUAGAGGCAAAGUGUGCUAACACAGAGCAAUCUGAAAGAUGGGCAUUCAAGAAAUUGACAGAUUACAUCAGGAAGAGAAACAUGAUUUUAGAUUUUCACAAUAUUACACCUGAAGAUCUUGGUAAAACACUAAGAAAAUUUUACGCUGAAAUUAAAACAAAGGACGGUAAAAAGUUUGCUCCAGGCAGCCUACGUGGAAUAAGAGCAGGAAUCCACCGAGCUCUGACUUCCCCACCAUUCAACAGAAACUUCAAUAUUUUAGUUGAUAAAGAAUUUAUUUUAGCAAAUAAAAUGAUAGAUAAUAUGUGCAAAACUUAUAUAAAUGCCAGAAAUGAAAAGCCCGCCCACUAUCCGGCUAUUGCAGAAGGUGACCUUUUUAAACUUUCAAGCUAUCUUGCUAAAUACCAAGAAUCCCCUGAAAUUUUGUUCCACUGUUUUUGGUUUUUAUUAUGCUACUUGUUUGCCAGACGUGGGAGGGAAGGGUUUAGGGAUAUGACCAGGAAUACCUUCCAAGUUAAAACCGAUGACCUUGGUUAUGAGUAUCUAGUUAUGGCAACUACCGAGAAAACCAAAAAUUGGCAAGGGGGCAGUAGUUCCAAAGCAUGGGACUAUAGUGAUGUAAGGGCAUAUGGGUUAGAGGUCAAUAAUUGUCAUCUCAGUAUUGUUAAGGUGUACAACUUUUAUAUUUCCAAAUUAAAUCCUAGAAAUGAGGCCUUAUUUCAACGGCCAAUACUAAGUCCUAAAUUUAUAGAAAGUCCAUACUGGUUCACUGAACAAGUUAUAGGUAAAAACAAACUUGCUGAAGUAAUGAAGUCAAUUUCAACAAGUGCUGGUCUUUCACAAAUUUAUACAAACCAUUCUGUUCGUGCAACAGCCAUAACAGUUCUGUACCAGAGUGGUGUAGAUACCAAGCAAAUAUGCAAAUUAACAAAGCACAAAAAUGAAGAAAGUCUAAAGCAUUAUAUUGAUGGUCAAACCUCUGACCAAAAAAGGCAGUGUGCUAAUGUUUUGUCCGGGGCA